AAAUUUAGGUUAGUUCUGUUCUUGGCGCACGCGAGUACGCUCGCUGCCUGAACAACACGAAAAUAAUCGCUUAAAAUGCGUUUACUUACCUCAAAAGUGGUUUUCGACGUGGACAAACAAAACUAAAAGAUGCCUGGGAACAUAACAGAAAUGGAUUUUGAUAAUCUUCAAGUAUUACUUCUUCACAAGCAUCCAGAGUUCACAAGAGAAUGUUGCGAUAUGAUCAACGAGGAAUGGCCGCGGAGUGAAACUGCAAGGAUGAUGUCUCUCAGAGCCUCCUGUGACGAUUUACCAACAAGUUUAAUAUUAAUCAAUGACAAAAAGUUAGUUCUAGGGCAUUGUAAAUUAACCGCCAUACCGACAAUACCAGAAAGUUGUUUUAUAGAAACCGUAGUUAUAAGCAAAGCAUUUCGCGGUAAGAAAUUAGGUACUUAUCUCAUGAGAAAAGUUGAGGAGCAUUGUAAGUACAACCUCAAAUUAAAAAUGGUUCACUUGUCUACUAAAGGACAGGAGAAUUUUUACGCUAAACUAGGUUACGAGAUUUGUCCACCGGUGUCUAUUUACGGUAGCCACAUACCGAAUUAUAAGCCCACAGAAAUUAGCCAUAAAGUUGAGAUUCCAGUGCCAAUCAAAACCGCCGCCUCUUCGACGGCGCCCCCGCCCCCACCGAUGCCACGAAACGAGAAUUUAAUAAACAAUAACGUUAUUAAAUCUAACAAGACUUUCAUGUUCAAGUAUUUGUAGUGAGUAAUUUUAUAUUUUUGAUACUAAUUUAGUGUGUAACCUGUUAUGUCGUUUUAAUAA